UGUAUGACAAGCUUUUGAUGAGUUUCUACGCAAAUCUCGUUGGUUGAUCUUUCCCUUCCUGCAUAAACGGAAUCCUUCCCCCUCUGCUGCAACGCGCAGUCGCAUCUGCCCAUCGCCCAUCUUUCUUACGUUUAUAUACCCUUAAUCCUACAAUAUACCUAACCUACUAUACUACUACCUACCAUAUAAAAUUUUAUACCCUUUUAACACAAUGGACUCCUCUUGAUUCACGCCGUCUUCCCUCCCACCUAGGUCCUUCCGUGGUCGCCGAGUGCCCUGUGCUCAUAUACUCCUCCAGUAGUAUAUUGCGCCGAACCGUCCUGCAUCGUCGCCCAAGGCCAUCGUGAUCUAGAAGCUUAAUCUUAGAUCUCCUGCGUUACACUACAUCGUUCGCGACACCCGAAUCUUCCCGCGACCCUCUUUCGCGGAUAUCAUCGCCGAUCGCAUCUCAACUUUCCCCAGAUCUUUCCUGCGUACUAUGCGCCUCCGCCGAGCCGCCCGCGUCAUCCUCGUCGGAGCACCAGGCGUAGGGAAGGGCACCCAGUCCAAGCGACUUCUCUCCCGCUUUCCCCAGCUAUCGGCUAUCUCCUCUGGAGACUUGCUUCGCCACAAUGUUAAAAAUCGGACGCCUCUCGGUAUCAAGGUCGAGAAGACGAUGAAGACUGGCGAAUUGGUCUCUGAUGACCUGAUAUUACGCUUAAUUACAAACGAGUUGGGCCGUCGUGGUUGGCUCUAUGGCGGACGACCGAAUUUUAUGACCCUUUCGUCAUCGUCCGAGGCCGCCUCUUUAGAUGGCGUGGAUGCUUUUGGGUCCGCACUCGAGGUCGAUCCUCUUGCGGGGGCAAGCUUAUCUCCGCAGGCAUCCGAAGACCCCGCUGCUUCAUUUUUACUUGAUGGCUUCCCUCGUACCGCCGCACAGGCUCAACGAUUAGACGACAUUGUACCUAUUAACUGGGUAGUCUCCUUACAGACGCCAUUCGACGUCAUUAUGGAGCGCAUAUCAUCUCGCUGGGUUCAUGAGCCAUCCGGCCGCAUCUACAACACCACAUUUAAUGCGCCAAAAAUACCGGGCUUCGACGAUAUCACGGGAGAACCUCUAGUACAACGAGCCGACGAUACCGAGGAGGUGUAUAGGGCGCGGUUCCGGAAAUUCCAGGAAACGAGCGAACCUUUACUCGAACACUACGCCAAAAAGGGUGUCCUAUGGGAGGUCCACGGCAUGAGCAGUGAUGAGAUCAGCCCGAAACUUUACCGAGAGUUUGAACGUCGCUUUUUAUGAAUAUACUGGAAUUUUUGAUCUGGGAUCAGGACGGCACAUAGGACUGGUGAAAUGACUUAAAUUGGCUGUAUAUCAUGUGGGAAUUUUGAAUGAGCAAUGUCUUCAAGCUCAACUGGAGUUCAGGGGACUGGACAACGUGAGCGGACGAACAGUGGACGCUCUACGGCGGAAACCUACCUAGGUUAGGUAAGGUAGGUAGGGUUAUGGGGACGAUUUGAAUACCUAUGUUUAUAUGAGACGAAUUCUGGAACAAAUUUACAAUUCGAAGUUCCAUUCGAAGAUGAUCUAUCUUGAUACUAUUGACUAACUUAUAAAGAAUACUACUCGAGUAUUCGGGAGUGGGAUCGAUUUAUGAUUAAGAAUUUACAUACUGCGCUUUUUGCUUUAAGUCUCAGCUUGAGGCUGUGUAAGAUUAGACGUUACGAGAGGACAAUUCCAUCAUUCCAUCAUGUCUUCACUAUAUUAUUCCCAGCUCGCAUCUAGCAGCUCUCUGAUUAGGGUUAGCAUAUAU